AUGUUUGAUGAUCAUUCAUCUGCGUCAGGCGGCCCGCAGGAGGCGGGCGACAUGGACCGUCGCCAGAAUCAGGGCAAUAUUCUGUUCGUCGGCAAUCUGCCUUUCCAGACGCCGUGGCAGCACGUGAAGGACCACUUCAGGACCGCCGGCAAGGUGCGCUACACGGACCUCAUUGCAGACCGCAUGGGGCGGCCGAAGGGAUCGGCGUUGGUGACAAUGGCUACAGCGGAGGGGGCGCAGCGCGCCAUACGUUUGUUCAAUGAGACAGACUUUGAAGGUCGACGCCUUAUUGUUCGCAUCUUCGACGAUGGCCCUCGCCCAGCUCUUGUGCAACGUGACUUGAUGCCACAGUACGACCGUCAGGCCCAGCAGCAACAACAACAACAGCAGCAGCAGCAGCAGCAACAGCAGCAGCAACGCUUCCGCGGGUACACAGGUACCCCACCCAACGCCUCAAACUACAACAACGCGACCAACUUUGGCCGUGGUACAGGCUACAGCGGUCGUGGUGGCUAUGGGAUGGGUGAAGAAGGUGGUGCUUCCAGUUUGAAUGAUAUGAACGAGGUAGUGCCCAAGCCGCGCAGUCAGCAGGUGAACGAAACAGGCCGCAAACUGUUCGUUUCGAAUCUGCCUUUUGACUGUACGAGCAGUGCUCUGCGGGAGACGUUCCAGCAGGUGGGCAACGUGGAGCGGACGGAGGUCAUCAUGGGACGCAAUGGGAAGAGCAGGGGAAUGGGCAUCGUCGUGAUGAAGACGGAGGAGGAGGCAAACGUUGCUAUAGCCGAGUUUGACGGGAUUGAGAUGGCGAGCCGGGCAAUGAACGUUCGUCUGGACAACAAGACCACGUAG